AUGCCUUCUUCUCCAGUCGAACACGGCUCUUCCGAACGCAGUCUUUCAUCCAUACCAAUAGAGGAGGACAUGAAAGAACGGAUGACCGAGAGUGGGUCAUCACGGCAACGCCAGGGCUCAGAUUGGUCUCUCAGUUCGGACACACAAAGUGAAGAUAUGACGAAGCACGAAGAAAGCAGUCUGGGGGCGUCUCCUGCAGGACAAGCUGCUCCAUUUCCACCACCACCACCGCCGCCGCCACCGCCGGUUGAUUGUCACUUUGGCCCCGGAGGAUUCAAUUCUCAGAUUCCUCAUCCACCUCCACCACCACCAGGCCUACCUGACUUCAUGAACGCUCCGAUGAUGACCUCAGCACUUCCUCCCCCGCCCCCGCCCCCGCCACCCGGUCCUCCUCCGCCCGCAUUGAGCAUGAACCUAUACAGUGCAGGAGAAGAAGUGCAUACCCCCAAUCAGUUCAUCCAAAUGCAGUACUCCAACGAGUCUAUCUCCGACUUUGCCAGCCGUGUACUUCGCAUCGGGCCUUUCAGACGCAACGUCUUUAUGACACUUCAUCCGGCUAGUGCGGCUGACUACAAGGAGUACGAGUGGCUUAUCAAGUACGGAAGCUCUGAGAUUUGGUAUGAGAAGCCUACCAAAGCGCUUCUCAGGAGUGUCAAGACACUCGAGGCGAACCGACGGGCACCGGGCGAGUUGCUUCCCUUACACAAUGCCAGGCCAGUGAGUCUUGAGACGCCAAAAGUAUGGGCAUCAGCUGCCAUGACGACACCGACCGACGACGACAUCUUUGAGUGUGUUGCUGAUCAUCCUGUGGAUGAUGGCUACGACACCGGGACAUGCCACCAAUGUACUGAGGCCAAGUCACAGGCACUUGAAAGCACACCUCUCGUCUACUGUCUAGUGUUCAGUACCUGCCAAGCAGCCGAUCCUUUCAUUCACGGCGCCCACUUCAACGGCCGCCAGAUCUACAAGCUUGUCAAGUGUGGCAGUCGCGAGGCUGCAGUUGCAGAGACCUUUUACGCCGCAGGUGUCAACGGAUGGAGUCUGGCCUUUAGCUGCAUCAUGAAGCUAGGUGACGACUUCGAAGAGAGAUGCGGUACGGCCAAAAAGGUCAACGUGCUUUGGAUGCUGGCUGAAGAGGAGGCCGAUGAGAAGAUCGUCAAAGUAUUCUACUAA